AUGGAAUAUAUAUUAUCGCUUCACCCAAAGUAUUUGAGUAGAAGACUUCAGGAUACGAUUAAAACCGAACUUUACCGUGAAGUCGAGGGGAAAUAUUUCCCCAGUAUUGGCUAUGUCUUGAUUGUGCUCUCCAUUCCUUCAGAUGCCGGAGUUGGACUGAUUGACCCUAAUACUGGUUUUGCCGAAUUUAAAAUCAAGUAUAAUGCACUUGUAUAUUCCCCGAUUGACAACGAAGUGACUUAUUGCAUCGUUACAAAAGUAACUCCUAAAGCGCUCGCUUGUAAGUUUGGUCCUGUCGGAAAUAUUAUCGUUGCACUCAUAUCCUAUAUUCUUUCCCGAAAUGAACUCCUUUACUGUACGCAGCGAGUUCUGAUUGGGAAUAUGUGUCGGAGGGUAAUUCUCGAUGGAAGCACAGGAGCAGCAAUCUAGAGAUUCAAGCCGAUACUGUGAUUAAGUGCCGCAUUAUUCGAGCAAUAGAUAAGGGAAGCUCUCUGGUAUGUAUGUGUCCUGGUUUUUAUAUCUAGCAAAUUCUGGGAUCGAUUGAGGAUAGCACGCUGGGUCCCGAAUAAUGAUAUAAUGAUAUAAUCAUUAUUAUUAUUAUUCAAAAUGAUAAUAAUAUUAUUCAACUGUUAUUAUAACACCUU